AUGGCCAACACAACGGAACACGACUACGAUUGUCACUCGAGUAGCGACGAUAUCGAAUCGCAUGACCAAGAAAUUGGUGGCGCCGAUAACACGGAGCCAAUCGCGCCACUGGACAAACAGAGCACCGCAGCAUCAGGAAUAUCAGUCUUUGAAGAACGCGCGCAAUCGAUAGUAUCACGCAUUCGCAGUCGGGACCCAGGACAAGUCGCGAAAUUUACGCACCCCCUCUCGCAUACGAAAACGAGCCCCGAUGUUAUUGUCGAUUUCGAGGGUCCGGAUGACCCGUACCGGCCAUUGAACUGGGGCUUCAGGAAGAAGGCCGUGACGACGGUUUUAUACGGGUUAACAACUAUGGGCACGACAUGGGCUAGUUCGAUUUACUCAACCGGCACAGAUCAGGUUGCGGCCGAGUUCAAUAUUUCGACCGAGGUUGCGACCCUGGGAACUUCGCUGCUGCUGUUCGGAUUAGGGUUAGGUCCACUGGUUUGGGCUCCUUUGUCCGAGGUCUAUGGGCGCAAGGCGGCGGUGCUAUUUCCUUACUUCAUUGCCGCGAUUAUGUCUUUUGGAACUGCUGUUGCGAAGGAUGUGCAAACGAUCAUGUUGACGCGGUUCUUUGCGGGCUUCUUUGGUUCCGCGCCUGUUACCAAUACUGGUGGUGUUCUGGGUGAUAUCUGGAGUCCGGAGGAACGUGGUGCUGCCAUUGUGGGGUAUGCGAUGGCGGUGGUGGGUGGACCUGUCCUCGGUCCGAUUGCCGGUGGCGCGAUUUGCCAGAGUUAUCUGGGCUGGCGAUGGACUCAAUACCUUACCGGUAUUAUGAUGAUGUUCUUCCUUGCAAUGGAUCUAAUCUUCGUCGACGAGAGCUACCCACCCGUAUUGCUGGUAAAUAAGGCACGCCGCCUGCGUUUCCAAACCGGCAACUGGGCCCUACAUGCUCGCCACGAGGAAUGGGAUGUCACAUUGAAAGAGCUAGGAAAUAAGUACAUGAUCCGCCCAUUUGCCCUUCUUGCAACGCCCAUCUGCUUCCUGGUCGCCCUCUACGCCUCCUUUGUCUACGGCAUUCUAUACCUCAGUCUUGCAGCCUUCCCAAUCGUGUUCCAGGAAAUCCGCGGCUGGAACCAAGUUGUUGGCGCCCUUCCGUUCCUCGGCUACCUAGUCGGUAUUUUCAUGGGUGCUGGUAUCAACCUGGCCAAUCAAAAAUUCUACCUCAAACGCUUCAAAGCGAACAACAACCGCGCCGUUCCCGAAGCCCGUCUCCCGCCCAUGAUGCUCGGUUCGGUCUUUUUCGCUGGUGGCAUGUUCGUCUUCGGCUGGACGAGCCCGAAGGACAUCCACUGGAUUGCCCCGAUCAUCGGUGCCGUGAUGAUGGGCUUCGGAUUCUUCACAAUCUUCCAGGCUGCGCUGAACUAUCUUGUCGACACUUUCCAGACAACGGCAGCCAGUGCUAUCGCCGCGAACACAUUCCUGCGCUCCAUGUUCGCUGGCGCGUUCCCGCUAUUCACCAAUGCCAUGUUCCAUAAUCUUGGUGUUCCAUGGGCCGCCAGUAUCCUGGGCUUCAUUUCCCUUGCGCUUAUUCCCAUUCCGUAUCUGUUCUAUACAUACGGCAAAAGCAUUCGGGCGCGCGGGAAGUGGUCGGCCGCAUCUGUUUAG